AUGGAUAAUAAAUCAGGAGGUGAUUCGAUAGAGAUUCAUCUGGCAAAGGAGAUGAUGAAUAUCCCACGGACUUCCACAACGCCCACGCCGGUGGUGGGCGUUUCUGGCGGGACCAAACCGCAGACGAUAUUCAUCCAUAAGCUAUACGAUAUGUUGGAAGACGGAAAUAUUUCACACCUUAUAUGGUGGACAGAGAAUAGUGAGUCGUUUUGCUUGUUGCCCGGCGAGGAGUUUUCGAAGGUUUUGGCGCAAUAUUUUAAGCACACCAACAUAGCGUCGUUCAUAAGACAGUUGAACAUGUACGGGUUUCAUAAGGUGAACGAUGCGGGACAGAGCGAGAAUGGAGGCGAUAAUAACGUUGCUAAAUGGGAAUUUCGCCAUCUGGCGAACCAUUUUCGUAAGGGAGACGUUGAGAGUUUGAAAUUGAUUAAACGCAGAUCAUCGAAAAACGUUACUCACACUAGAGAAUCGGCCAAGACGGCCGGGGGUAACGAGGAGGAUAUACACGAAACUACGGGCAUAGAAGAUUCCAAGGGCCCUCAGAACGGUGAACAACCCGACGUAAAUACUCACGAGCAGCAACAUUAUCAUCAGACGUUACAGUUACAGCAACAGGACCAAAUGCCCCAGCCACCCGGCAUGAUACCACACCACCACCUUGCACAAAUAGACGGGGCUCCAUCGCCCAGCGUGCUACCAGUGCUCUCGAAACUGCCCCAUCGGUAUCCAGCUUCUGAUAAGUCGUUAGAGGCCCGUCUACACGAGGUGACGAAUAGUUUGGUUAGCCUAGGACAAGAGCACCACCAGUUGCAAAAGCUGGUCGACUUGGUGUUUAAUGAGCAGAAGAAAAGCCAGUUUGAUCUAAUCCAAAUGGUAGAAAUAAUGCAGCGCCAUGCUGUGAAGAGCGAAGACGAUAAAAAAUUAGAUUACGAGUUAGCAAACUUUAAACAGGUCUUACUAAACAAAUUCAACAACUUGCAUGUGCUUAAUUCGCAAGCACAAGGCCACCAGCCGCAAAACAUACAUCCACAACAUCAGUCGCAUGCUCAUCAUUCGAUGACGCCUCAAUAUAAUUCAUCCAACUUGCAUUACUCAUCUUACUCGCAGCCAAACGCUGAUUCCAAUGUUGAUUCUUCCAAUGUUGACGUACAUAAUUCAUCGAAAAAUGGACCCAAACAACCUAUUCCAGACGGUUCUAUGACCAAGGAUGGCCAACCUCCAUACACAUAUCCAGAGAAGUUCAUGGAUAAGAAUAAUAUCCCAACUUCUUUGCAUUCACCUCACACAUCUGAAGUAAGAAGGGGGUUUCAACAGUACCCAUUUCCCAACAUGAAUACUGACCUAAGGGUGAGUACUCCUACUACACCAGACUUGUUCGGUCCUUCUGUUUCCCAAAGGGCUUCGUUGCAAUCUUCAAACACAUAUGAGCAACGCCCACAGUCGAUUCCCACUCCAAACUCAUCGUUAUCAUUAUCGCGACUGGCGUUAUCGAACUCAUCUGUGUCAUCUGGGUCAUCAUACUCAAUUAAUACAUCUGGGGAAGCUCCUCCAAAAUUGAUUCCAUUGCCCUCGGUAUCCGAGUUGGAUAAGCUGAUAAAAAAUGGCGGCGGUGGAUUACCUCUUUAUAGAAUGCUAAACUCAUAUGGGCCUUUGAAGAGGAAGAGUUCUGCAGAUGAAGAAAACCGAAAAAGACAAGCCUAG